CGUCGCGACUCCGUUCCGGUAGGAUUAGUUUCAAGGUCCUUUUGUUUAUAUUUCGAUAUAUACGUAUAUAUAUAUAUAUAUAUAUAUAUAUAUUAUAUAAAAUCAUAUGUGUUGUAUCUAAAUUAAAGGCGUUAGUUAGAUCCUUCGUAUAAUUAUUAACGUGAAAGGAUACAUAGUCGUGUCAUUCUCGUUACUAUUGUCAGACACGACGAACAGAUAUAUUAUAGAAAAAGGUAGAAGGGAGAAAGUGGAAGGAAAGAGGAGGGAUACAUAUAUCGAGCUAAUAGAGAAGAGAAAGGAAAGGCGGAAGGAUUAUACAUAUAUUCGGGCAACAUGGCCACCGCGAUCGACGACCGACAGGAACUCCUUGAACAAUUUCAAGCUAUCGAUGCAAACGGUGACGGAUUCAUUGAUUUGACCGAGUUACGAAAUGCCUUGGACGUUUGCGGAUUUAAAAUGCCGGGUUACAAAGUACGACAAAUGAUCGAAGAGUAUGACGACAAACAGAGACUACAACAUAAGGGCCGGCUGUCCUUCGACGAGUUUGAGAAACUUUGUAAAGAACUUAAGGCCAACGAACUUGGAUCCACUUUUAAGCACGUCGUUUCGAAAAAGGAAAAUCUUGAAACGUUAGGAGGAAUUUCAGAAGCAUCAAGUGUUGGUACUACUCAUUCCGUUAGACUCGAGGAACAACUUGCUUUCAGCGAUUGGAUUAAUACUAAUCUAGCUCAUGAUCCUGAUUUGAAACAUUUGUUACCUAUCGAUCCUGAGGGCAAGACACUUUAUGACAAGGUCAAAGACGGUAUACUCCUUUGUAAAAUCAUUAAUCAUUCCUGUCCUGACACCAUAGACGAAAGAACGAUCAAUAAGAAGAAUCUGACUUUGUAUAAGAAACAUGAAAACUUGACGCUGGCCUUAUCAUCGGCUCAAUCUAUCGGUUGCAAUAUCGUCAAUAUCGAUGCUCAUGAUCUCACCAAAGGAUCCCCGCAUUUGGUGUUGGGUCUCUUAUGGCAGAUUAUUAGAAUCGGUCUCUUCAAUCAAAUUACUUUAGAGAAUUGUCCUGGUUUGGCGACCUUGUUACAAGAUGGCGAACGUAUAGAGGAUCUUUUGAAACUUUCUCCGGAGGCUAUACUAUUGAGAUGGGUUAAUCAUCAUUUGGAAAAUGCUGGUAUUGCUAGAAGAUGCAACAACUUUCAAUCUGAUAUUACGGAUUCGGAAAUUUAUACUUAUUUAAUCAAACAAAUUGCACCUCAUACUGCCGGUGUUACCGUUGAAGCUUUGAUGGAACCAAAUCAUUUGUCCCGAGCUGAAAUUAUGCUUCAACAGGCUGCUAAAUUAGGCUGCCGUAGUUUCGUUACACCAAACGACGUUGUCAAUGGUAUUUAUAAACUAAAUCUGGCAUUUGUUGCAAAUAUGUUCAACAAUUACCCCGGUCUGGAUAAACCCGAGAACAACAUCGAAGGAUUAGAGUCAUUGGAGGAAACGCGAGAAGAAAAAACUUAUAGGAAUUGGAUGAAUUCGAUGGGCGUGGUACCUCACGUCAAUUGGCUUUACUCUGAUCUUGCUGAUGGAUUAGUAAUUUUCCAAUUGUAUGAUAUCAUCAAACCUGGUACAGUUAAUUGGCCUAAAGUUCAUAAAAAGUUUACCAAGUUGAGGAAAUUUAUGGAAAAAUUAGAAAACUGCAAUUAUGUUGUUGAACUUGGAAAGCAAAUGAACUUUUCGUUGGUCGGUAUAGCGGGACAAGAUAUAAAUGAUGGUAAUGCGACCUUAACCUUGGCACUUAUCUGGCAAUUGAUGAGGUCUUACACCCUUUCUAUUCUAACGUCGUUGACCGGUACACAGGGUAGUACUUUGGUCGAAAAAGAAAUCGUACAAUGGGUUAAUACGAAAUUGCAAGGGGCAGGAAAGAAUAGUAGUAUCAAAAGUUUUCAGGAUUAUGCGAUAUCGGAUGGAAAAGUUGUGAUAGAUUUGAUCGAUGCUAUCAAACCCGGCUGUGUUAAUUACGACCUCGUUAAAGAGGGUGGUACUGAGGAAGAAAACCUUGACAACGCCAAAUAUGCUAUAUCCUUGGCACGGAAAUGUGGUGCUCGUGUCUACGCGUUACCAGAAGAUAUAACCGAGGUUAAACCGAAGAUGGUGAUGACCGUGUUUGCCUGUUUAAUGGCAAUGGACUACGUUCCCAAUAUGGAUUCUGUAAAGCAGCAAAAUAACCUGAAUAACAGUCAAUAAUGUCGAGCCAUAUUUUUACCGUCGUGCCGUUACUUUCCUACGCGAGAACUUUUGAUAGGACAUUAAAUUUAUAAGUAUCCUGUUGUGUCUCUUCCAACAACGUAAUAAUAAUAUUAAUAAUAUUAAUAAUAAUAAUAAUUGUAUAUACAUAGAAUAGGAUAGCUUCUUUUUCACGAUUCAUAAGGAUCAAGUUUGGAAGUGAACGAGUUGGCAGGACACACAGAGAGAAAGAGAAAGAGAAAAUAGAUGUUCGUCCUGUUAUGUAUGUAUGUAUGUAUAUGUGUGUGUGAGUGUACGUGUGCGCGCGUGUAUAUGCAUGCAUGCUUGUCCCCUUUUAUAAUGUCAGGAGAAUUCACUAAAUUUGGCUACAUUAUUAUUAUAUUAUUAUACUAAAUGAGAUCUACAUGAUUCUCCUAUUUAUCGAGACUCACCGUAAUUCGUUGGAUUUGUCAGCAUAUCUUUUAAUUAAAUCCUUCAUCUUUGCACCCUUCCAAAUUCAAAUCAUUUGAAUAAGAGAAAGUAAACUGUGA